UAGGCGAACUUAUUUCUUCGACAUUUUCUUGUAUUGACAUCACAUUUUCUUCCUCCGAUGUAUUCUUUAGAGCCACAAAUCAAUCUGACCGACAGGAAGUUAGCAGCCAAGAUUCAUUGUGUAUUGAUUUUGCUUUACAGUCGGGAUACAAAAUCAAAGGAAGGUCGCUUUUCUUUACAUCUACUCAAAUGGAUAUCGCUGGAAGAAGUAUUCAGUAUUUUGUAAGAUUUUUGCAUGAAUCAAGACCACAAACGCAUAAAGCAAGACUUGCAAAUUCAUUUACCAAAUUCAACUAUAUACACUCAAGCCCAACCUAGCAAAUCGUCCUAUCAUAGCAAUGAAGUUGCUAAACUCAACUCUCUUCUUCGCCCUUAUCUCGGCAACAUUACUCACUGUCAAUGUUGCAGCAACAGUUACAAACCCAGAUGCAUACACUGAAGAGUUAAGCACUUCUUUGAGAGGGGUGAGCCGGUUGUUGGCGCAGCAGAAUAUGACUUGUGAUAAGUUUCCGAGAGUGUGUCGACAGAUGAAGAGCAGUCGAGGGCCAGACUGCUGCAAGAGAAAAUGUGUUAAUGUGAAGACAGAUAAAUUGAACUGUGGAAUGUGCGGGUACAAGUGCAAGUAUACUGAAAUUUGCUGCAAAGGGCAGUGCGUGAAUGCUUCAUUUGACGAGAGAAAUUGUGGAGGGUGCAAUGAGAAGUGCAAGAAGGGAGAGUACUGUGUUUAUGGGAUGUGCAACUAUGCAUGAUCAAUAUAUUACAUAUACUACUAGUUUAUGUUGUAAUGCUGUUUAUAAUCUUCCCUGCAAGGGAUGUAAAGAGUCUUGAUCUAUUUCAAAAUUACAAACAA